AUGGCUCACGGAAACGUCACUGGGGUCACAGAGUUUAUUCUCAUAGGUGUCACAGACCGCCCAGACCUCCAGAUCCCACUCUUCUUUGUUUUCCUGUUUAUCUAUGGACUGACCAUUGCUGGCAACAUGGGCAUUAUCAUUCUCACCACUGUUGACUCUCGACUUCAGACCCCCAUGUAUUUCUUCCUCCGCCAUUUGGCCAUCAUCAAUUUUGGAAACUCCACUGUCAUUGCCCCGAAAAUGUUGACCAAUUUUUUAGUAAAGAAGAAAACCACUUCCUAUUAUGAAUGUGCAACCCAACUUGGAGGGUUCUUGGUAUUCAUUAUAGCUGAGAUUUUCAUGUUAGCUGUGAUGGCCUAUGACCGCUAUGUGGCCAUCUGUAACCCCCUGCUCUACAUGGUGGUGGUGUCUCGGAGAAUCUGUUACCUCCUAGUCUCCCUCACAUACAUCUACAGUUUUUCUACAUCUCUUGUGGUUUCAUCUUGUGUAUUCUCAAUGGUGUUUUGCUCUUCCAAUGUAAUAAAUCAUUUUUAUUGUGAUAAUGUCCCUCUGUUGGCAUUGUCCUGCACAAACACCUACAUUCCAGAAACAGUUGUUUUUAUAUUUUCAGCAACAAAUUUGUUUUUUUCCAUGACUAUAGUUAUCACGUCUUAUUUCAACAUUGUGUGGUCCAUUCUCAAGAUGCGUUCAGCAGAAGGAAGGAGAAAGGCCUUUUCUACUUGUGCUUCACACAUCUUGGCGGUCACAGUUUUCUAUGGGACACUUCUCUUCAUGUAUUUGCAACCUCAAAAUAACCAUUCACUAGAUACUGAUAAAAUGGCUUCUGUGUUUUAUACCUUGGUGAUCCCCAUGCUAAACCCCCUUAUCUACAGCCUGAGAAAUAAGGAUGUCAAGGAUGCCUUAAGGAAAUUUCUAUCCAAUCCAAAAAUUUCUUUCAAGAUCAUAUAG